CCAUUUUGCUUACACUGUCCAGGCAUCGAAUUGUGCUGAACUAUCAACAGACAGAAGAGGACAAAGAGCUGCAAUGGACGGUGAUGUUGCGGUUGGUGUGAAGAGAGGCUCAGAUGAGCUCAACAUGUACAGUAGCAGCCCCAACUCUAUGACUGCAAACGGCAGUGACAGUAAGAAACAGCGUCUGGAUGAAUCCCCUCCCUCCAGAGUUCUCCACAUCAGGAAACUUCCAAAUGAAGUGUCAGAGACUGAAGUCAUUGCCUUGGGGCUGCCCUUUGGAAAGGUCACUAACAUACUGAUGCUUAAGGGGAAAAACCAGGCAUUUCUGGAGUUGGGUACAGAAGAAGCAGCCAUUACUAUGGUUAACUACUACACAGCUGUCACACCACAGGUCAGAAACACUCCUGUCUUCAUCCAGUACUCCAACCAUAAGGAACUGAAAACGGACUCAGCUCUGAACCAGAGGGCCCAGGCAGUGUUGCAGGCAGUGUCAGCAGUGCAGGAUGGAAGUUCUCCGUCCUCUGACCCUGGAGUUUUGGACCUCGCUCCACCCCCCAGCCCUGUUCUGCGAAUUAUUAUCGAUAACAUGUUUUAUCCUGUGACACUGGAUGUUCUGCAACAGAUCUUCAGUAAGUUUGGGACCGUAAUGAAGAUUAUAACCUUCACCAAGAACAACCAGUUUCAGGCUCUUCUGCAGUUCAGCGACCCCGUGAAUGCACAGCAAGCUAAACUGUCUUUGGAUGGACAGAACAUCUAUAAUUCGUGCUGUACUCUGCGGAUAGACUUCAGUAAACUGGUCAACCUCAAUGUCAAAUACAACAACGAUAAGAGCCGAGAUUACACCAGACCUGACCUUCCUACUGGAGAUGGAGAGUCAGCCAACAAGGAUCAUUCUUUGUUGGGUACCCCAUCUGGAGCGCUAGCUUCCUACUCUAGUGGAGGAGGUUACUCAUCUUCUCUCUCCCUCUCACAGGGUGGAGGAGCCAUUAGUCCGCUGAGUGCUGCAGCAGCAGCGGCAGCAGCUGCUGGUCGUGUUGCUCUGUCUGGGUCUGGGGUGUCCGGAGUUCUGUUGGCAUCCAACCUAAAUGAAGAGAUGGUCACGCCUCAAAGUCUCUUUACCCUCUUCGGAGUCUAUGGUGAUGUCCAGAGGGUGAAGAUCCUCUACAACAAAAAGGACAGUGCUCUGAUACAGUUGUCCGAUGGCAACCAGGCUCAGCUGGCGAUGAGCCACUUGAAUGGUCAAAAGGUGUUUGGUAAAGUGAUGAGAGUGACACUGUCUAAGCAUCAGACUGUGGCUUUGCCCAGAGAGGGUUUGGAUGACCAACUACUAACUAAAGAUUUUUCUGGCUCACCACUCCAUCGCUUUAAGAAGCCAGGAUCCAAAAACUUCCAGAACAUUUUUCCUCCCUCUGCAACACUUCAUCUCUCCAAUGUCCGGGAGGGAGUUGGAGAAGAUGAUCUACGACUUCUGUUCUCUAAUAGUGGAGGAACUGUCAAGGCCUUCAAGUUCUUCCAGGACCGUAAGAUGGCCUUGAUCCAGAUGACAUCAGUAGAGGAAGCGAUCCAGACUCUGAUGGAUCUCCACAACUAUGACAUGGGAGGGAAUCACCAUCUCAAAGUUUCCUUUUCAAAGUCUACAAUCUAACCCUCACACCUUAAUCCUAAACCUUAAGAUCUAUGACGAGCGAGGAAGUCACUAUCACUUGUCUUCUUUUCAACAUUUUCUGUUAACCUCUCCUGCACUAUUCCCAAACAUUUAAAGGAGCAGGGUGUAGGAUUUAGGGGGAUCUAUGUGCAGAAAUGGGAUAUUCAUAGCUAUAUUUUUAUUAGUGUAUAAUCACUUCAAACUAAGAAUUGUUGUGAUUUCGUUAGCUUUGAAUGAACCCUUCGUAUCCACAUCAGGAGCAGGUCCUUGUCGUAGGAGUCAGCUAUGUUGCACCGCCAUGUUUCUACAGCAGCUCAGAACAGACAAACCAAACACUGGCCCUAGAGUGGACCUUUCCCAUUUUUACAUUACCUUAAGGCCACUGUAGGUUCUCCUAAACUCUUGGAAAGCCAGGGGUGAGCAGAGGGGGUAUUCAUUUGGUUGCAAUCUGCAACCUCACCUCUAGAUGCCACUAAAUCCUACAUACUUCUCCUUUGAUUAAAUAGCAAGAUAUUUUAUCACUGAAAUGUGCGUCAGUGUCCAAUGUUUCAAACGCACAUUAAAUCUUUAGAAAUACUUCUCAGUUAAAGUAUUUAGAAAUUCCACAAAGCAAAUGUUCUUGAACAGAAAGAGCAGUACGUACUAGGGGUGGGCGAUACCACAAAAUUUGGUUUUGAUCCGAUACCUAGUAAUACAAGGCCACAAUUACUGAUAUUGAUAUUGAUACUGAUACGAUAUUUUUUUCAUAAUCAAAAAUGUCUGUUUUUUAUGGAGGAGAAAGCAGUGCACCAUGAUUUAUGAGGUGAAUAAUCAGUCUACUUACAUAAAAGCUAAUGAUGACCAAUAAGUGUCAGUGUCAGAGGUCUGGAUGCUGAGGCAUUUCUCUCCUUCCCCUCCCUUAUUUUGGAUGCAGCUUUAAGUUCUCUUUCUCCUGUUUUUCCGCUUUCAUUAAUCUAUCACUGCUAUCAUAUGCCUGAAUAAACUAGUCAGGCUUGAACAUAAUUUCCACGGACAGCUGUGGUCAUGCAAAUGCGCAAAUUGUUGUAUACAUAGUACAAUUCAGGGUCGCAUCAGGCCCCAGCAGUAAACAGGAGGGCUGGGAGUUGAGCUUACUGCAGACAUUGGGUGAAAGUAAGAUUAAGGUGAUGCUGGGUCUGGUGGAAGCUGAUUGAGUGCAGACAACAAGAAAGCGGAGAAGCAAAGAGUACAUGCACAAUGGAAUGUUGUUUACACAAACAGUUUUACUCUUGAAAUACAAAUAGGUGCAACAGAAGAGAGAAACAAAUCCCUUUUUUCGUAUCAAUCCUAUUGACGCUAUGAUCAGUCUUUAACAUGAAAACCUAGUAUUGAGAGUAUCGAUAUCUCCAACCUAAGUACGUACAUCAGUCUUGACCUGAAGGCAGUUUGCAAAAUUUAAAACUCCUGCUUUGACCCAUACAACAACUCAAAGAGCAACUAAACACCAGCUAAAAUUCAAGUUUUGUUUACUUCUUGAGGCCUCACCUUGCUGUAGUGAUGUAAACGUUUUCUCUAGGGUGAGUGCGUACACUGUAACAUCACUGCUAAAUGUGGCUACAGGUGCACACUUCUGACCACACCCACCCACAGCCAUCAGUUAUGCUGUUCAGAGGUAACACGGACCUGAAACCUUCUACCAGAGCGCACAGUGAGACACUGCUUUUAGCCUGCUUUAAAGGUGUACAUGCAGGAAUAGUCAGUUACUGUUUGUAAACAGUAUCGCCAGCAAAUCUGAAAGCCAACCCUAGAAUUACUCUCAAUUUGGAACAAGCUUUGUCCGUUUGGCAUUUCGCCUCUGUUUUUGUUGUUUGUAGCUUCCUGCUGGAUGCGUGCUGCUUCUAGUCUGGUCACUACCUUUUUAUUAAGUCCCAGCCUCACCUGUGGGCUUGGCCAGGGAUGUCCUGGCCGCAACUAAGUGAGAAGUAAACAAGAAAAUCCAGGCAGAGGGCAGAGUCUCUGCAGAUAAAUCCACCACCACACACUGAGAGUGGGUCAUAAUUGCUGAUUGAGAGGGAUUACUUCUGUAUGUCUAUACAUGUCUUUUUGGAGGGGUGGAAUCCUGCAUAAUAAACCUUUAAAGCAGUGGAGGUUUUUACUUAUUCAUUUAAUCUUUAUCACUGCUAUGUACAAAUAGCACACCUUUUUUGUAUAUCCCUACCAAGUGUUCACCUGUCAGUAUGGCAUUCGUCUCUUUUUCCUUAGAUUUUAUGUUGUGGUUUGAGUUCUGCAAAACCAAACAGAAUUUACAGAAUUGUUUGUUUGUUUUUUGCUGUUUUUUAGCUGUGAUCCCGAAUGAAUAGCCUAUGUGCAGAAUUUAGCAGAUGUUUUUCUGCUUUUAAUUUUCAAAGUUUUUUUUUUUUUUUUUUUAAAUUAAAAUUAGCUGAGGUGUCGUUGGAAUACAUUGUGUCGCUAAUCUAACUUCCUAACCAUUCUCUUGUGUUCCCAAGCAAAUAUUUACCCCAACCUACCAGCUGUUAUCCAUACAGCCACUUACCUUUCCUUGUGGUAGUAACUCUAACACAACAUCUCUGUCAUGACCGAUCCCGUCACCACCAUGUCAUCAAUCAUGUAACACGUCUUUCCCUAUUUGGUGGGCACCCAUCAGCGGCUGUCAUUUGAAGAUGUGUUUUACACUAUGUAGUUUCUGACAGUGUGCUUGUUCACACCUCCAAAUGUUGUCCUGUUCACUUGUGCACUUUGGUGCAUUCAAAAUAAAACUAAACAAAAUAAAAGCAUUUUUAUUUGAGCUACAAGCAUAAACUAGUAGAUGGAGUUGUCACUAACGGCCAGAGCGAGAUACAUGCUGUUCUCGCCUCUCCUCUGCAAUGUAAAUGUCACCAGUUUUACAUUACCAGCACCCCAUUUAAUACUUUGUAGGCAUGUUAGAAACCUACACUACAGCAGCUUGCAGCUUUAAUGAUUUAGCUGCACUGCACAGAAUCAUUUAAAUGUACUUUAAAUACCAGAUGUAACUAAACUUCUGUCCCCAGAAGUCCUCAGAGGAAAUAGAAUGAACAAUGUGUAUAGCGUUGUGCAAUUUCUAAAUGUCAAAAGGCAGUUUUUCUUUUCUUGCUGUUAUUUCCGUAAUUGAACAAUCACGCCGAAGCUACAUGAUUAGAAGCAACUAGGAUAUAUAUCUAUGAUAAUGUUGAAAGGCAUUCUGGGAAAUGGGAAUCAUAACUUGAAGCUAGUGAUGCUCCUUGAGGACAAUUGAAUACUCCUGAUAUUUCCUUCACAAAAUAUUUUUGAAUGUAUUGUCAGUAACACAUUGCUGACAUGUAAAGAUACUGAGGAUCCACAGGUGGAGCUUUCAUUAAAGAAUAGAUCCGCAUGUAAAGUUCCUGUUUUAAAUCCCACCCAGUCUUUUAUAAACCAUCGCUGUGAGUGGGUGCACAUACAAAUACACAGGAUGCAUGCUAAUGCUAUCUGUUUGGACAAGGUUUCAACAUGUGAUUCUGGUCUUGGUCUCUGAUUUUGGGUGGAGGCCUGUUGGGACCAAAGUACAUGUGCCUUUAGUCUGUGGUCUGGUUUGAUCUGUUGUGUCUUUAAACAGAUGAUUUUACUGGUAAUGUCUGUUGAUCUUGUGUUGUAAACCUGUAAAAACAGAUUAUUUUGUUAAUUAUUUUUUAGAUAGAAGUGAACCUUGUCUAACAACAUGUUUGUUUAUCAAGCAGAGAUGCACAGAAAACUGGGUCAGUGUUUCUACUGAGGUCUUCUCCAAAGUGUGUUUUUAUUUGUCAACCAGCACUAGUUCUUUCUCACAGCUGAAAAGUUUUUUUUUCUGCUAAGAGGUUGUUGUAAAUGGUCAGCUUGAGUUCAAUUUCUUCUUUGUUCAAAUUCAGAUUAGCCCAAAUUAAACACCUUUUUUUCUACCAACUAGCCCAAUGAAAUAGUGUGUGUGUUUGUGUGUUCAAACUGGGUUCAGGCCUCUGCUCUCAUCUGUAUCUUACCUGUCAAUAAACUUCCUUCACUCUGUUCA